AUACUUACAUAUUUUUCAUUAGAGACUAGAGUUGGCGAAAAUGGAAAGCUCGGGUUUAAGCCGCCGCUCCAAAGCUUACAAAUUCGCAUCAGAGAAAACACCCGAAUCGUUUUCAUUCUUCUGUGAUUUUCUGAGAGAGAAUGUCAAUGGCGCGAUAUCAAUAGACAAUCGCGGCGACACGGUUCUCCAUCUUUUGGCAAUCCAAGGCAAUGUGGAUGUCAUGGAAAGUCUAGUUGGAGAGGAGCUUCUGACUAACGAAUUACUGAUGAAAAAGAAUGUGAAUGGAAACACCGCCCUGCACGAAGCUGCGAGGUUUGGGCAGGCGGGCGUGGCGGAGAUCAUGUUGAGGAAGAAACAAGAUCUGGUAAUGGAGCGGAAUGAGUCGAACGAGACGCCUCUGUACCUUGCUGCUGCGUAUGGGAAGAGGGAAGUUUUUCAAGUUUUGGAGAAUUUUGGUAGCGAUUGCUUGACAAGGAGACGUGAUGGUCGUACCAUUCUCCAUGCGGCCGUUGAGGGAGAACGUUACUAUUUGGCAAUGAGGAUAUUGGAAUCAUAUCCAAACCUUGCUCGGCAACAUGAUGAAAAGGGUAUGACAGCAUUGAAUUUGUUGGUGACAAAACCAACUUCUUUCAGAAGCAGAUCAUCAUAUGUACUAUAUGAUCUAAGCAGGACACCCUUCAUUCCUUGGCAGAUUGUUGAAGCUAUAAUCUAUUUUUAUAUUCCAACAAUGUAUGUGGAGACAGCUUUAGAGUUACCAGCGGCUGGCAAUGUAGAGGAUCCAAGCAAUAAUGGAGUUGUUAUGUCCAAAUUAGAAAGGCCUUCUUUCACCAAAACAAUCCUAGGUUUUUAUUUGUUGAAAAAAAUUGAUCAUGCCAAACAAAAGCAUGUACUUGCCUUGAUGCUGGCAAAUAAAUUGAUCGAAAAAGAAGAUUGGAGUCAUUAUAUUCAUACAGAUUCUGAAGCAAGCUCAAUUGGAAGGAGGAAUAGGGCACUAGACCCACUUUUACAGGCAACGAGGCUCGGCAUACUUGAGGUGGUAAUGGCAAUCCUAAACAAAUAUCCAGAAGCUGCAGAUUCGUUUGAUGAGAAUGGGAGGAACAUACUACACAUAUCAGUAGAGCAAAAGCAUAGAUUUAUCUAUGAUUACUUGAUGAAUUUUGUUGCUUACAAGGACAGGAUGUUAGCAGAUAUUGAUUUCCGAGGAAACACUAUCUUGCAUCUGGCGACGUGCGUGGGAAAUCCUACUAGGUCUCCUCCUGGACUAGCAAGAAAUCAAUUUGUAGAUGAUGUUGAUGGUCGAUGGAACACUGAUUUUCAUGUUGGAGCGAAGCGAGGAAGUGUUGGAGUAGUUAACCAGAUGAGUUGGGAUGUGCUAUGGUUUAAGCUCGUAAAACACGACUCAUAUCCACAUUUAUGGCAUCUUCGAAACUUUGAUGGAAAGGCAGCAGAGGAACUAUUCGAAGAAAAUCACGCAGCUCUACGAGAAGAAGCUGAGAAAGCCGCCAAACACGUGAGUGACAACUUAAUAAUUGUGGCUAUUCUUAUCGGCACAAUCAAUUUCGCAGCUCUCUUUACUCUCCCUGGAGGCUUUGAUCAAAACACCGGCAUACCCAUGCUUCUCAAAAGCAAUCGGCAGGAAAUACAGUUCUUCAUGGUGUACAUUGGAUUAGCUCUUUUCUUCGCUUUUCUCUCCUUGGCAACUCUGAUGUUGAUUCAGCUAUCGCGGUUUGACACCAAUGAUUUUCAUAUCGCGAUACCACUGAAAACCAUUAUUUCUUGCAUUACAAUUAUCUACUCCACAGGCUUUUCUGCCACUGCAUUUGCCCAGGGCUAUAUUCUUGAAGGUGAACUAGGAGCCUUCUUAGCCACUUUUCUGAUUUUUUUUGAGCUCCUUGUUUGUUUUGUGUUAGCCCUUAUUAUGAUAGACACAAAGGUUUUGAUAUUUGAUUACAUGUACUAUGCGAUUCGUCAUUUGUUUUGUUAUAAAAUCCCUCACAUGUAGAAUUAAUCUAAUGUGCACUUAUUUACAUUUUGUUUA